AUGGCUGAUACGGGGGAACGUCAGGUUUUACCUACUAAUGUUAGGCCUACCCAUUAUGACUUGACUUUGACUCCAGACCUUCAAUCCUUUACCUUUGAAGGAACUGAAACCAUCAAUCUCAAUAUUAACCAAAAUACGAAAACUAUAAUUCUUAACGCGAAUGAAAUUCAAGUUAACCAAAAUACUGUAACUAUUUCUCAUGAUACUCAAAAGCAAACUGUCACUCUAACUUUUCCUGAAGAACUUCCUGCUGGAUCUAAAGCUGCUUUAUAUCUUGAAUUUACCGGGAUAUUAAACGAUAAAAUGAAUGGUUUUUAUCGAAGUUCUUAUAAAGACAGUGAUGGAAAUACAAAAUACUUAGCUACGACUCAAUUUGAAGCAACUGAUGCACGCCGUGCUUUUCCUUCAUGGGAUGAGCCUGCAAUUAAAGCAACAUUUGAUAUCACUUUGAUCGUUUCACCUGAAUUGACUGCUUUGAGUAAUAUGAAUGUAAUCUCCGAGACUGCACAUGAGGGUGGCAAAAAGUGUGUCAAAUUUGCUACGACGCCAAUUAUGAGUACUUAUUUGAUUGCAUUUAUAGUUGGUGAUUUGGCUUAUGUUGAGACUUCUACUACCGGUCUUCAUAAUGGUGGAAAGCCCGUUUUGGUUCGUGUUUACGCGACAAAAGGCAACGAACAUCUUGGUCAAUUUUCUUUGGACGUUGCUGCUGAGGUUCUGGAAUACUUUGCUGAAGUCUUUGGCAUUCCAUAUCCACUGCCAAAAUGUGAUAUGGUCGCUAUCCCGGACUUUGAGGCUGGUGCUAUGGAAAAUUGGGGUCUUAUUACUUAUAGAACUUCUGCAAUAUUAUUUGAUCCUAAAGCAUCUGAUGCUAAGUUCAAGCAACGUAUUGCAUACACUGUUUCUCAUGAAUUAGCCCAUCAGGCUUUGCUACUUGGGUUGGAUACCUUGCUGUGGACAAGAUCUUUCCUGAUUGGGAUAUCUGGACUCAGUUUUCAACGAGGACUUCAACUUGAUGCUUUAAGAUCCUCUCAUCCUAUUGAAGUUCCCGUAAAUGAUCCUAGUGAAAUUCACCAGAUUUUUGACGCUAUAAGUUACUACAAAGGUGCUUCUGUCAUCCGCAUGCUGAGUAACUAUAUAGGAGAAGAUGUUUUCUUAUCUGGAGUUAGGCGCUAUUUGAAGCGUCACGAGUUUAGUAAUGCUAGUACUGAUGAUUUAUGGAAAGCUUUAACCGAAGAAAGUGGUGUCGACGUCGGCCAAUUCAUGACUGGAUGGACCAGGGUUGUCGGCUAUCCUGUUUUGACUGUUACUGAACCUGCCAAUAAUAAGUUACGUAUUUGUCAGUCUCGUUUCCUUUCAACCGGAAAACUCAAUCCUGAUGAGGAUACUACAUAUUGGUGGGUGCCACUGGGAAUAAGUCUUGGGCCUCAGUUUAACAACGAAUUUGGAUCUAAAGUCCUUACUACAAAGGAAACUGAGUUAGACUUGCCCCAUGGUACUGAAUUUUAUAAACUUAAUUCUCGUGUAACUGGUGUAUUCCGUGUAAAUUAUACGCCAGAACGAUUGGCAAAAUUGGGUCAUGCUGUUAAAGAAGGUUCACUUGAUACUAGUGAUCGUGUCGGAUUAGUUGCUGAUGCUGGUGCUUUAGCAGUAAGCGGUUAUGCAAAAACAAGUGGCUUGCUAAAUCUCAUUAAUGAAUUUGAUAACGAAGAUAAAUAUAUUGUAUGGAUGGAAAUUAAUUCUCGUAUUACGGAUCUCUUAAGCGUGUGGUUCGAAGAACCUGAGCCUAUAUACCAAGGAUUUCGAGCCUUUCAACAUCAUUUGGUUUCAAAAUUAGUUGCUAAAUUAGGUUGGGAAUAUCCCGAAAAUGAGGACUACUUAAUCACUAUGUUGAGAACUUUGGUAAUUAAAACGGCUGGAAGAGCUAAAGAUCCUGAGGUUGUUAAGGAAUCAUUCCGUAGAUUUGAAUUGUUUACAAAAAACAAUGACAAAUCGGCCUUACAUCCUAAUAUUCGUGGCACUGUCUACGAAAUUGUUCUUUGUAAUGGUGGCGGUGUAAAUGAAUUUGAUGCAAUUUUGAAAGUCUAUCGCGAAGCCGAUACUGUAGAUCAGAAACUUGUCGCUUUAACUGGUCUUGGAUUCGCUCAACAAGAAGAUUUGAUUAAACGUGCAUUAGGAUUUUCCCUAUCAGAGGAACUCUACGAGCGAUAUGCAAAAUCUCUUAGCCUGUUUGGAUCUAUAAUUAAAUUUGGUACCGAUUCUUUUUCAACUGCUGCUGAUCUCAAAGAUGUUGAAGAUUUCUUUUCUAACAAGGAUACUAAAGACUAUUUAAGACCUUUACAACAAAGUUUAGAACACAUUCGUAUUAAUACUGCUUGGUUAACACGUGAUAAAGAGGAUGUUGAAAAUUGGUUGAGAACUAAUGGGUACUUACAAUGA